AUGGAAGUGAAAGGUUUUAGUAAUAGGGGAAGACCGAAAAAGAGAUGGAUGGACAGCGUAAAGGUGGACGAAAGUAUUGAUGUUCAAUACAGCCGCGCCAAAGAAACCAAGCUGCGGGCUGGGCUCACUAUAUUCAUGAUCUUGUACUGGAUAUUGCUUCUUAGCAAUGUUUGCUUCUACGUGCUACAAGUCCAAGGCGAUCUUAGAGUUUGGCUUGUGUUAGUUUGCUGCGUGUGGUUCAGCGUUGCCUGGGUUCAGGUCAUACUCCUAGAGUUACAGUUUUCUUACACCGCGUUCUCAAUCUAUUUUCGUUUUAAAGCUAUCAACAGAAUUUUGAAUUUCACAGUUAAAGACAUACCCUCACUGCAUGAGCAGAAAACAAUGCGAUCUGAUACACUGAACGUUUUGAUGAUCCGGGCGGUGCCAACCGAUGUACAAUCUGAAGCAAUGCGGCCCAUCAUACAGAAAUCUGUGACUGGUGAGACUUGUCUAGCAAUGCCCUUCAGUGACGUCGUCCACCGCAUCGCGACUCUCCACAACAUGUUGAGCGACGUGGCGCAUCACAUCACCACCAGCUACAGGAUAUCUUUAGUUUUGAUUCAGAUGUCUUUGCUUCUCCAUCUCAUUGUCACUCCGUUCUACUUCCUGAAGGAUAUCAGUGAAAGAAUUUCUUUCAAUUACCAUUAUUCUGCAAUCAUGAAAUUCGCUUGGAGCAUCGUUCACUUGCUGAGACUAUUUAUGUUGGUAGAGCCAUGCUACUACACCGUUACAGAGGGCAACUGGAGCAAGCGCCUCGUGUGCCGCCUGAUAUCCGUCUCCCCCACAACCGGCACGCUGGCGACUCGUCUGAAGCUGUUCGCUCGCCAGUUGACACUGCAGCCCGCCGCUUACAGUCCGAUGGGUUUCUGCACACUCGAUCGACCACUUAUAUUCGGAGCAGUGAUCGCUUACCUGGUGUUACUGUUGCAAUUUGAGACAUAA